GAGGCUUCAUAGCGCGGGCGGAGGAGCUCGGGGGCUCACUCCGUCACCGGCGGCGCACGGCGUUCGCGCCUGGAGGGAGGGCCUCCCGUUUCCGUGCGAGCUCGGCCCCGAGAUUCACCCGCCUAGGAGAUGGUGGUGGUCCGCGUGGUGUCCGGGAGCGUGGCGGAGGGCGGCGUCGAGUCGCCGGAGUGGGGCUGCCGUGGGAUGGUCCCGCGGGAGACUGCCGACGGCCGCCGCCGCCGGCUUCGCCGCGAAGCGUGGUCUGCUCGGUCUCGUCGAGGGAGGAAGGGACCUCACCUGCGCAGGCUGAGGUUGGGCCGUCGGGGACGUGCGCUGGGCCUGGGUUGGGCCAUGUGGAGGACGGGACGGAGCAUCCCCUCCUUCUUCUGGGGCCUCCGCGUAGUGGGCUGAGCGAGCCGCAGGGGGACCUGGUGGUGAGGCCCAUGCGGCAAGAGGUGGCCCAUUACGCGGGCCCAAGGUGGCUGUGGUUGGCCAAGGGAUGCACCACUCCAUCUUUAGGGUUCCCUGCACGCCCGGGAGAGAUUAGUAGGUUUCAGUCCAUCGCCCGCACGCUUUUUCGUUUACCUGCGCCGCCGCCGCUCUCGAAGUCCUUCGCAGCAGUGGUGAUGGAGAGGUACGGAGGGGAGGCGAGCGGGGGCGACGGGCGCAACAAGAGGCGCUUUGGGGCCUAUGGUGAUGGAGAAGGGCGCCGCCAUGGCGCGGGGCGACAGGAGGGCGGCCGGCACGACGGCGGCCGGACGGAGUCGGGCCGGAGAGAUGACGGCUGGCAGGAGGGAGGCCGGCUCGAUCUGGGCCGGUACGACGGCGGGCGGCGCGGCCGGAACGACGAUGAGCCGCGUCCGCGGUUCGGCGAGCAUCGUUCGAACGACUCGGAGAGGGGGGAUUGGGGUUCCCCGCCCCCAUGGUGGGAGUGGGAGCAACAGCGGCUUCGUGAGGAGGAAGCGGCCCGGGCCAGGGGGCAAGGCCAGCUGCAAGUCCCCGCGGGCGGCCGCGGCGGCGGCGGCGGAGGCGGGCAGAACGGCAGGAACAAGAAAGGGGGAGGGCAGGGGGCGCCUCCCAACCCGAAGCACAAGGGUAAGAACAAGCUCGCGGCCGGGGGUGCCACGGGAGCUGUCGGAGGCGAGUGUUUCCGCUGUGGGAGAGAGGGCCAUUUCCAAUCGGAAUGCACCAACGAGCCGGUGUGCGUUCUGUGCAGCCGGGAAGGGCACGCGUCGGCCAACUGCCCCACCCGCGGGCGCCCGAUGAUGCUGCAGCAGAUGGGGCAUGCUAUCACCGGUGGCGGAUUCUACAAUAUCGAGGUCGAGCCGCUCGAGGGGUCGGGCCAAGUGGAGACCUUUGAGGCGGUUAUCCACUUCGACGUGGCUCCGCUCUCCGCGCUACAGCUUGCGGAUGAGCUCAAGAACCUCCUGGAUGGUGCUUGGGACUGGAGUGUGGCGAAGGUCUCGGAGAAGGAAUUCUCGGUGCGCUUUCCGUCUAGGGAGACGUUGCGCAUGAGCACUCGGAGGGGCAAGAUUUACCUCCCGCUGAGCAAGAUGGAUGUGGACAUUCGGGAGGCGUUCGUUAACCCGAGGCCGGGCAAGGCCAUGCCGCCGGUGUGGGUGCAGCUCACGGGGCUGCCCGGGGACCUCAUGGAGAGGGAGCGCCUCAUGGCGGCGCUCACGAUGAUCGGCAGGCCGCUCGAUGUCGAUGAGUUGUCGGUCAAGAAGUGGAAGACGGAACCGGUCCGGGUGAGGUUCCAAUGCCGCUUCCCGGAGCGCAUCAAGGGAACGAUUGCUCUGUGUGUCAACGGCGUGCCUUACACCGUGGGGGUGCAGGCCGAGCUGGGAACUCCAGGGGCAGGGGGCUCCAACCCACCUCGGCCCCCUCCGCCGGGGGAUGAUGACGACGCCGAUGACUUGGAUUCCGAGGAUCGGAGCACGGAUGGCGAGAGGUGGAACCGCCACCGCAAGAAUGACAAGUCCAAGGCGGCUGCUCCACCGGCGGGACCUGGGAACGGGACCGGUGGGGGCGGCUCUUUGCGCACGCUCACGGGAGGGGCCGGUGGGGGAGGCGCGCAGCAGCGUGCGCUCUCGGGGGGAGCCCACAGCGCUCCUCCGCUGGGGCGCUUCGCGGGACAAUACGGGUCCAACGUGGACCUCCUCCCGUCGCUGGUCCUGGGGAAGGCGGCCCUCGACUUUGGGGCUGCGGCGUCGACAGACGUGGAGAUGCUUGGAGGAGAGGGGGGCACAGCCUUUGGCCCGGAGGAGCUGCCGGCGGCAUCGGGCGAAACGUCCUCACAUGUGACUGAUCCCGUGCAGUACUGGCUGCUUGACAGCCCGCUGAAGCUGGCUCACGAGGGCCUCGAGGGAGGGCUUGCGGCGUCCAAGGCGCUGCCGAUCUUGGAGGUGGAGGGCGAGUUGGGUGUGGAGGAGGAGGUGGAGGCUCCGCCCGUGGUGGAGGACCUUCGCUCCGCGGCCACGGCCGUGGCUCCCAUGGCGCAAGGCAAGAGGACCAAGACGGUGGCCACCAUGGCGCCCACCAAGACGAUCAAGAAGAAGGCACCGGCCUCGGCGAUCAGGAAGAGCAGCCGUCACGGCGGUGCGGCGGCGGCAUCGGCCAUGGAGAAGGCACAGAAGCUGGCGGCGGAGCGCAACCUCGACCCGGCCACGGCAGUGUUGGAGGGUUCUGGUCAGACCGAGGGACAGGGACUUGCUGGACUUGGCGGUGGGCGGCGUCAGGAGGCUCUACGCGCGGACGCGGUCUGAGGCCACAUGAGGACGACAUCCCAACCCUGAUCAUCUACGACGACAUUGGGGCAUGCGAGGGAUCCGGGAUGUGUGUGCUGUGUCUUGUUAUGUACUGCGGGGAGCUGUAUGUGUGGGCGUGUCUAAGAACAUCGGAUAUCUGUUAUGUGUGCGGUGUGGAGUUGUAUCGAACCUUAUCAUGUGUGUGGCUUUAUAUAUAA